UAUGCGGCGGUGUGUCGUGAAACUGCUUUGCAGCAAUAAUGGCGACCGUAUCGACGCAUCCCUUUCCGGCAGUGAGGAGAACGACGCUGUGCAGACACUGAGCGAGCCGGAGCUUAUCAGAGGCUGAAAAUGAACUCUCGUUUUUAUGGACGCGUUUUGUUCAGUGUCUCAUUUAUGAGACUCGGUGAAUACUGCUUCCUUUAUUAGGUUUUGUACCGUGAACGCUGAUGGCCGCGGUUCCAACUGGGCCUGGCAGCGGAUCCCGGGCAGAGAUGAUUUCUUUCCAGGGGAAUGGGUGCUCUGUCCUCGGGGAACGGGAGAAACUCGGGCGUAAGCUGCAGGACUCGGUCGUGGCAGAUACUGGACAGAAACCAGAUGUAUGCGGGUGUAAACUGGAACGAGGGAACAACCGGGAUUACCCGUUCUCGGAGCUGAACCACCAGUGUGAAACGUUUGAGCGACGAAUAAACGGCUUGAAUUGUAUCGGAGUGUCUGGUUUUAUCCAUAAUCAUAAAGAGGAUGAGAGCUUGAAUGGACUUAAUGCGACUGCAGAGCACUUUGACAGAUCCAGCUCUGUACAAAACACCAACAACCCAGAGCACAAACUAGGUUUACCUUGCCAAGACAUGAACAAGAACAGUGACAUCAGUUUAGUUACAUUAUCUAGAACUGAAACCAGUCAGAGACAUGCAAAUAUUGGACAUGACCUUGGUAAUAAAGUCACAAAAUGUUACCUAAGGAAUGAUCAAGGACCUGAGGUAACAUCUCAAACUGUAGCUGCUGCUGAUGGACCAGUAUUAGAGAUGUGCAGGUUAGAUCUGAACCAUUCGCCUGUCACAGAAGUGAACCAAAGUCAGGAUGUUGUGUAUGUGCACUAUGAGUCUGAACUACAAAUGCCAGGCAUAAUGAGACUGAUAACCAAGGAUCUCUCCGAGCCUUAUUCCAUAUAUACAUACCGGUACUUUAUCCACAACUGGCCACAGCUUUGCUUUCUGGCAAUGGUACAGGAGGUUUGUGUGGGAGCAAUUGUGUGUAAACUAGACAUGCACAAGAAGAUGUUUCGGCGUGGAUACAUUGCCAUGCUUGCUGUGGACUCCAAACAUCGUCGAAAAAACAUUGGUACUAACCUUGUAAAGAAGGCCAUCUAUGCUAUGGUGGAGGGAGACUGUGAUGAAGUGGUGCUGGAGACAGAGAUCACUAACAAAUCUGCCCUGAAGCUGUAUGAAAACUUGGGGUUUGUGAGGGACAAGCGGCUCUUCAGAUAUUAUCUCAACGGUGUGGACGCUUUGCGGCUCAAACUGUGGCUACGCUAAGCUCAGGCCCUGUCAAAGCUUUCCUUUCUUCAGUAUGCUCACAGUCAAAACCACCAUUUUGACUGGGCACAAUCAUUCAAGGCCAUCUUUGCUGGUUAAAUAAAGUACUAUAUUUGAUAUAUCUCUGUGAGAGCCAGGGAACACAGAGAAAAGGGAAAAAAAAAGUUAAAACACCACAAGUGUAGCAAUUGAAGUCCUCAAGGAGUCAUCUGGUGUGAAUCUAAGCAGGGUUGGAUCUCAGAAGAGCAAAAAAGGGUAGAUCCAGCAGAUUCAAUUAAUAUUAAGCUGCAACAAAGAAGUCGCUUUAGUGUUAGUUUGACUUGAGGCUUCAAUCAAGACGUGUUUUUUUCCCCCCCAUCAUGCUUAUUCUUAUAAGUGAUUUGAACAAAGAGUGCAGAUUUUUUUUUUAAUGUAGUGUGGUGUGUGUUUGAUUGCCUUGAGGGUUUGCUGUGAGCAGUGUGUGCUAGUAAUGUGCUUAUUGGUAAAGCUGAUAUGUGGUUUCUACAUGUGUGGGAGACUUCCACUCUACACUGGUCCAUUUCUCCAGACGCUUUAGUUGCAUCAGGCAUUAUUUGAUGGGCUACAAGUACAGUUCAUGAACUAAAAGAGCAAAACAAAGAAUAAACACUCAUCGUUUGUCAGAGCUCUUUAAUGUGGUAGUGAUGCUCAUAUGCACAAACAUAAUGCUAGUGUCAAUCCUUGCAAUUGAGCAGUUUUGAAUAGUUUGCGGCUGUUCAGGGAGCAUGUAGGUUCUGUGUGAAAUUCUGCUUAUGUGAGAAGGAAUUUCUAACUUUAAAUUUAUGUCUUUAAAAAAUAUGUCACCCUGCGAUGGAUUGGCACCCUGUCCAGAGUGUACCCCGCCUUGUGCCCGAUGCUCCCUGGGAUAGGCUCCAGGUUCCCUGUGACCCUAAAAAGGAUAAGCGAUAUAGAGGCUGGAUGGAUGGAUGGAUGGAAAACAUGUCUACCCCACAGAAAAACACAGCAAGGUCUGACCAGCAACUAUCUGACAAAACACCUGCUGAUUUGGUCAUUAUUAAGAAAAUUUGAGAAACAGUUUAUGAAUUACUACUACUAUUGUAACAUCGUAGACAUUUUAUUUUAUUUUAGUAAGUAACGUAACUAAAAAAAAAUUACAAAAUAAGUCUUUCUUUUUUAAUCAAUUUAGUCAAGUAGUAAGGAACGUGGAAAAUAGCAGAUGUGCCAUCUUUCAUGCAUUUUGCAUAGGAACUCUGCAUUUUAUUUUUGGAGUAUGCUGCUGUAAAUAAAAACCCCAAAACAUACAAAGUACUGUCACCUGAGACUCCUUACAUAAAUGUCUCCCUACAGAAAGCGUCACCAUAUAAACGAUUAUAAUCUUCGUUAUGUAAAAACCAAUUUUAAAAAAAUCCUUUUAUUAUUAGGUGUAGAAUAUGUGGCGCGUCCUCCAUACAAGUCCCUGUGAAUGAGUUGUUACCAGAGAAGAGACUAUUAAGACAUUAGAACCAGUACGUUAAUAUAAACAUGAUUUGAAUUACAGCCGACAUUACUGUCAGAGCUGCUGUUAUAGAAAAUUCAACAGAUUCAAGCACUCAAUAUAUAACAUUUUACUGUUGAAUGCAAAGUUUAGGGGAAUCCAGACAAAGAAAUGUAAUGUUCCUUUAUUAUUACAAGUAACAAAAAUGGUCAAAAAGUGGGAGAAUUUUGUGUAAGUAUUAUUUAAUAACUUGUAUGCCCAAACUUCAUUUAUAUUAUAACUGCCUUAACCUAAUCUGCAUCCUGUGAAUUAUUCUUGUUACGCAGUAAGUCUGCCGAAUGUCAUCCACAGUAAGAGUAUUUUUCUGUUGGUCUUGCCUUAUGCUUUGGAUUGUUGCCUUGUUUUAUUUUUUAAUGUUUUGGAUAUGUUUUUAAAAUAUAUAAAUAAUAUAAUAUAUUAUUUCAUAAUGAGGGAUGCAAACCAUACACAACUAUAUAUGUAUAAGAUCAGGUCAGACAACUGAAAAUUGGAAAUAAUUUUAUAAUUCUGUGGCGUGUCUAGUUAAGUUGAUGUGUCAGCUUUAGGAUGAGGUGUCUACUGGAGAUAGAGGACUGUGAAAGACUUACUGUAUGUGGAAAGUGUGAGAAAGUAGAAGAGAGGAGCAAGGCUACAGAGGAGAGAAGAUAAGUGGAGGAGGAAGCAGCUGAACUGUUUACCGGGUAUUUCACACCUUGCAACUUUCAUUGAACUACAUUUAAAUAAAAUCUGUUUUAACUUUUA